AUGACAACCACACUUGAGAGAAAAGACAUGGAAUUGGCAGACAAAGAGAUGGACAAGCAAAGUAUCGAUAAUGGGGCUCUUAAGCAGCUCCAGUCCUCAUCAUUCCAGUUCUCAGCCAGUGCAGAAAGAAGGCUUGUACGGAAGAUUGAUUUCACGAUUCUUCCGAUCAUGCUGGUGGCUUAUAUGAUGGCAUUCCUGGAUAAACAGACAGUGAAUUAUACAGCAUUGAUGGGCAUCCGAGAGGACCUUCAACUGGUUGGCUCGCAGUAUAGCUGGGUAUCUGGAAUUUUUUAUUUUGGAUAUCUCUCCUUCUCUUACCCUGCCUCACUGCUGAUGGUCAAGUUUCCUCUCGGAAAAUAUCUUGCUCUUAACUUUCUCGUGUGGGCAAUAAUCCUUGCGUGCCAUGCGGCCACAACCAACUUUGCCACUCUUAUGGUAACUCGCUUCCUUCUUGGGUGUAGCGAGGCAAGCUUGGCGCCAGGUUUCACGUUAAUCACUUCUCUCUGGUAUCGAACCUCCGAACAGCCUCUACGUGCUGGAAUCUGGUUUUGCGGAAAUUCCAUUUCGCUUAUCUUCGGCAACCUGAUUGCCGUUGGUAUCUUGCAGAUCGAAAGCCACCUCAGGGCCUGGCAGUGGCUGUUUAUCAUUUUCGGACUUGUCACGUUUCUUUGGGGCGUGGUUAUGCUCUUCCGUCUCCCCGAUUCGCCAACCACUGCCAAAUUUCUGACCGAGGAAGAGAGGCAGAUUGCAAUUGAACGUCUGAAGGCAAAUCAGACCGGUUACAAGAAUACCCAUAUUGAUCGUGGCCAAACAGUAGAGGCUUUCAUGGACAUCAAGACAUGGCUUCUUGGAGUCUUGAUUCUGGCUUUCAAUAUUCCAAAUGGGGGCUUCACUACUUUCAACGGCUUGGUACUGAAGGGGUUCGGUUACGACACGUUCCAUACACUGCUUCUUGGUAUCCCCGGAGGUGUGAUCGUGUUUAUAUUUGUGCUACUUGGGGGUGUGGUGUCGUCCAAAGUACCAAAUAGUCGCUGCCUAGUCAUAGUCGGAAUGACGAUCAUAAGUAUUCUAGGGAGUGCUCUCGUGUAUGCCGGAACUUCCAUUGCUGCUCGCUACGCCGGGCUGCUUCUGAUGGGGAUCUACUCUGCUGCCAUGCCGGUGUCACUGGCGAUGAUCAGUUCCAAUGUGGGUGGCUUCACCAAAAAAGCCACUGUCAGCGCUAUCUAUUUUAUCAUGUAUUGCACGGGCAAUAUUAUCGGACCACAGCUGUUCUUCACACGCGAGGCACCCAAAUAUCAGAGUGGCUUCUUAGCUAUCAUAAUUUGUCUCGUCAUCUGCGUUGUUGAUGGCCUUGCCUUGUUGUUCUAUCUGCGAUGGGAGAAUACCCGGAGAGACAAGACUGCCGUUGUUGCCGAGCCUUCUGACUCGCAGGAGAAACACGGAGAAGUAACACCACAGGAAUUGGUGGAUACGACAGAUCUCAAGAAUCCGAAGUUCCGGUAUGUGUAUUAA